CCUGGGCCGGUAGUUUGUAUGGACCUGGAGCUGUGUGAUUAAAGAUGCUAUCCCCAUUGUCCUCUGUGGACUGCUCGUCUGUGUCCUUGUCCACUGUCAGUCUCCACGCUACGGGCGAGAAUAGUUGAUGACAUCAGGCAUGCUGUUUGCUGACCUCAACAACAUUACAAAGUAGACUGUGCACUUUACUACAGCUGAAGUGUGGGUUCACCUCAGGCCACCUACAAUGUGAUGCUCUAUGAUGGAUGGAGAGUUUCCAACAGCAAUUAAAUAUGAGAUUGAGUGUGUUGUGGAAGCUGAUGCUCCAGGUGGUGAGGUGGGCUCAGUGGACCCCAGCACUGGGUACUCCUGUGUGCCAGUGACCCACAGUAGGGGCCUGGCUCAGGAGCACCUGGACAGUCACAUCUACGGACACAUCCUCUUGCCUGGGCACCAGAGACCACGUCGAUCCAAACUACAGCACUCACAGUCCAUCCUCCGCAAGCAGGCUGAGGAGGAGGCCAUCAAACGCUCACGCUCACUGUCUGAGAGCUAUGAGCUGUCAUCGGACCUCCAGGACAAACAGGUGGAGAUGCUAGAGCGCAAAUAUGGUGGGCGUUUCAUAACCCGGCACGCCGCACGCACCAUCCAGACAGCGUUUCGCCAGUACCAAAUGAACAAGAACUUUGAGCGUCUGAGAAGUUCUAUGUCUGAAAACCGUAUGUCAAGACGAAUUGUCCUGUCCAAUAUGAGAAUGCAGUUUUCUUUUGAAGGACCUGAAAAAGUCCACAGCUCUUAUUUUGAAGGAAAGCAGGUGUCGCUAACAGACGAUGGUACAAAGAUGGGCCCACUGGUGCAGUCGGAGCGAUCAGGGGACAUGAGUGUUCAGGCCAAAACGCCCACAACACAAAAUGACUUUACAGACGCUAUUACAGAAUUGGAGGAUGCGUUUUCAAGGCAGGUAAAAUCUCUGGCUGAGUCCAUAGAUGAUGCAUUGAACUGUCGCAGCAUGCAUGGGGAUGAUGGUCAGUCAGAGCCCAGCAGGGGGCACCAGGAGAGGGAGGCCAGCUGCCAGGUCAAAGCCCCUCUGACCAGCACUGACCACAGAAAACUAGAUGAAAUGAGCGCUUCAUACAGUGAUGUUACUUUAUACAUAGAUGAGGAUGAGUUGUCACCUCCUUUAUCUCAGUCCGUUGACCGGCCUUCGAGUACUGAGUCUACUCUCCAUCAGCGGUCCCACAACUCCUCACAGGACUAUUGGUCUCAUGUUCACAAAGAUGAGAAAGGAGAUACAGACACAAGCUGCCGGAGCACUCCAUCUUUAGAGUGCCAGGAGCAACGUCUCAGAGUGGACCACUUACCUUUACUUACUAUAGAGCCCCCUAGUGACAGCUCAGUAGAACUUAGUGAUCGCUCGGACCGGAGUUCUUUAAAGAGGCAAAAUGCUUAUCAACGGAGUUUAAGCAAUCAACAAAGUAGUCCGAAAAACGUUACCCGUGGACUUCCACCGAGAGGACCCUCAAGAGAAGAUCGUCCAAGGCAACUGGAACCACACCUGGCUAUCAAUGGCACAGCAAACAGACAGAGCAAGUCAGAGUCUGAUUUUUCUGAUGGGGAUAAUGACAGCAUAAACAGCACAUCAAACUCUAAUGACACUAUUAACUGCAGCUCUGAGUCCAGCUCUCGUGAUAGUCUCCGGGAGCAGACCCUCAGUAAGCAGACAUACCACAAAGAGACGCGCAACAGCUGGGACUCACCUGCCUUCAGCAACGACAUUAUCCGAAAGAGGCAUUACCGCAUCGGACUCAACCUCUUCAAUAAGAAACCAGAAAAAGGCAUCCAGUAUCUGAUCGAGAGGAGCUUUGUCCCGGACACACCAGUGGGAGUGGCUCACUUCCUGCUGCAAAGGAAAGGCCUGAGUCGGCAGAUGAUCGGAGAGUUCCUGGGCAACAGACAGAAGCAGUUCAACAGAGACGUCUUAGACUGUGUGGUGGAUGAGAUGGACUUUUCGGUGAUGGAGUUGGACGAGGCGCUCAGAAAAUUCCAGGCUCACAUCCGAGUUCAGGGGGAGGCCCAGAAGGUGGAGAGGCUCAUCGAAGCCUUCAGUCAGCGGUACUGCAUUUGUAACCCAGGUGUGGUCCGGCAGUUCCGAAAUCCAGACACCAUCUUCAUCCUGGCCUUCGCCAUCAUCCUCCUCAAUACUGACAUGUACAGCCCUAAUGUCAAACCAGAACGGAAGAUGAAACUAGAGGACUUUGUCAAGAACCUUCGAGGAGUUGAUGAUGGAGAGGACAUCCCCCGUGAAAUGCUGGUUGGAAUCUAUGAGCGCAUCAGGAAGCGAGAGUUAAAGACAAAUGAGGACCAUGUGUCUCAGGUUCAGAAAGUGGAGAAACUCAUAGUUGGGAAAAAGCCGAUUGGGUCAUUACACCAUGGACUUGGUUGUGUGCUGUCAUUACCCCAUCGGAGACUGGUGUGCUACUGCCGACUCUUUGAAGUUCCCGAUCCCAACAAACCACAAAAACUGGGCCUGCAUCAAAGAGAGAUUUUUCUAUUCAAUGAUCUGCUUGUGGUGACGAAGAUCUUCCAGAAAAAGAAAAACUCAGUGACGUACAGCUUUCGGCAGUCGUUUUCUCUCUAUGGCAUGCAAGUGCUGCUCUUUGAGAAUCAGUAUUACCCCAAUGGAGUACGUUUAACAUCAGCCAUACCUGGAGCAGAGAUCAAAGUCCUCAUAAACUUUAAUGCUCCCAACCCUCAGGACCGCAAGAAGUUUACAGAUGAUCUGCGGGAGUCAAUCGCAGAGGUGCAGGAGAUGGAGAAAUACAGGAUAGAAUCUGAACUGGAAAAGCAGAAGGGAGUGGUGAGAGUCAGCAUGUCUCAGUGUUCGGGGCUGAAAAAGGACACAGGAAAUGGUAAUCUAAGUCGAGCCAGCCUUGAUGACAGCUAUGCCAUUGGAGAAGGUCUGAAGAGGAGCGCCCUGAGCAGCUCUCUGCGGGACCUUUCUGAUGCAGGCAAGCGUGGGAGACGCAGCAGUGCAGGAUCACUAGACAGCAAUCUGGAAGGGUCCAUCAUUAGCAGUCCUCACAUGCGCAGAAGACCUCCCUCCAGCCGAGACUGUCCCUCCCGCCACAGCGGACAGUCCCUCCCCAACUCCGCAUCCUUGCUGGGAUCUCUGUUUGGGACCAGACGUAUGAAGUCUCCCAGCCCUACACCCCAGAGCCCGCACCCCACGCUCAUCUCACACACACCACACCCAGUGACGCUGCACCAUACGGCCCGGGGAGAGUCGGAGGCAGCAGCUCCCGUACACCCCCACCAUGCCCAGUUCUGUCCCGUGACACAGAACCCUCCGCCUUAUCACCACCACCACCACUUCCACCCCCCACCGCACCUGCAGCACCCGCCCCACCAGUUCCACCCGCCACACCCCCACGGCCAGCACACCCUUGGGGGACAUCAAGCACACCCGCACCACCAUGGCCCACCCCCGAGCUCAGCACAAGGCUCCGGGAGCACAAAGCCCAAGCACAGCGGCAUCAGCACAGUGGUGUAAGACCAGAGACAGUAAAGAGGAGUGGAACAAUUCAGUAGCUGGUUUAACUCAGAAUAAAGCUGGGGUGAGCUAAAAAAAUAAAUAAAUCACAGUAGCCACUGUUGUGCCAAUACAAGUACACAAUGUAGAAUUUAUUGAAACAUGUAUUUCUUUUAGUCAACACAAUGAAAUAUUUCCCCGUAAAGUCCUGAUUUUGGGCUUUACAGAUAAAAUGAAAGAACGGUUAGGCUUUCAAAGUACCAUUUGAUUCGUUCAUUCCUUUUUACUGUCCUGACCGCAGAGGAACUGUGAGAGUUGUGAUUGGACAGUUGGCCACUUGGACACAUCGCUGGGAAUUGAUGAGAUCCAGUGCCUCCCUUAGUAUCUUCAUAACCAUUUCAGGUGUUACGUCAGGAAGCUUCUCUACUGCUAUAGCAUGCACAAGACCACAAGUACUGUUUUCCUCAGUAAUAUGAAGAAAUAUAUUACUAGUAUUUCACAAAUAUGAUGAAUAAAAUUUAACUUAUAUGACUAUAUCUAUUCAGGGGAUGGUUUUCAUGAAAGAAAUAAAUGUAUUUCCAAACACUGUUUAUAAAGAUGAUGCAAUGCCAUUUGAAAAAAAGCAAAGACAAAAUAUUUCCCUUUUUGUAGCUUUUUAGGAAUUGUUUUCUAGUGUUCCAAAUAGUAAUGUAUUCACUCUCAAGCCGUUGUUGUUGUAAGAUAACACAUUUUUCAAUUUGCAUUUCUGUGUAAAGUAAUAUAACAGUAUAUAUUCAGGUAAUUCUAAACAUUAUAUCCUCAAAUAUCUUCAUACUUCCAGUCCACUUAGACUAUAGCAAGAUUUUUUGGCUUUGUUUUUUUUAGUUUUGGCUUGCUCAACUUUAAAUACAGUCUAUACAGAAUGAGUGAAAACCUUUAAUCGAAUUUUUACAAGUAUUUAAUGUAGCCGUAGCUCAGAGUGCACUGUGAUACUGUGAUAUCUCUGUUAGCAGUGAUCAAUGUGCCAAUUAUUCAAGCAUUUAAUAAUUUAGUCAUAAGAAAUUGCUUUAUGUAUAUUUGUGCUCAGAUUUUAAUUCACAAACUCCGGUAUUAUUAUAUUAAACACAGAACAAAUGACUGAAAAAGUGGCAAGAUUGUUCUCAUAUGUGUUGUUGUUUCACAGAAGGUUUUACAGUGUGUAUCUGUAAAUGGGAAUCAUAUGCAGAUGGUUGCCUUUGAGUUACAGUAUUCUCAAUAUAUUCUAUUUUUAAGCUUUGAAGUUGCAAUGAACUAAUGGACUGUUUUGAAUGUCAACCCUUUAGACUUGCUUGUCCUAUAUUGUUUUAUUUUUGGAAUAUAUUUUCCUACAGACAAGGCAGACAAAACACUGUAGUAGCAUAAGUUUAAAUAGUUCAUUAUACUGUCCAGAAAGAAAACUCAGCUGGCUGAGUGUGUAAAUGACAGGAGUCACUGUGCAUCUAAAAUCAAUACUAACAAGAUCAGUAAUUAUCAAACUGUGAUGGUUGUUGCGUUGCACCCUGCAAUCAUCACAAAUGGCAGUUUUAAUAUCAUUUUAACAUAUUUUGGUAUUGUAUGCAUGCUGGAGACUGGGCUGGGGCAAAUUUUAGCUUUUACACAGCACUUGAGUGUAAUCCAACCUGCUUGAACAUUAUAAGAUGGAGUUAUGAUGUAUGUGCAAUAUAUGUAUAUUAAUUUGUCAUGUUUUAUUUAUGUUAGUUAACUGAUUUUUAUGUAUGUAUUGUCCCCUCUUUUGCUUUUUAAUGAAGUGUCCACAUGGAUUUAGAGAGACAUGACUCUUGACCUUUUAUCACCACUUACCUCCUGAAUUAUUCUCAAUGUAGAAGUCAAAAUUAUUAUUAUGUUAUGACCAUUAGAUUUGACUACUAUGAUAUAAAUUCUUAUUCUUCGUCAGCAGCCUAGUAUUAUGAAUCAUGUAUUACCAUCCCUAUACAUAUUUAUUUUAGCCCAUAAGCCUAUAGUGUUAUUUACUUGUGUGUUUUGUGAAAUAAGAGACUGAUACAUGUUUACAAUGGGCAUUAAGCAAUCUAAUUAUUAAAAUUUUUGUAUUUGCUGUACUCAUAAACAUUUCAAAGUAAUUAUUUAAUUUCUAUUUAGGUAUUUUUAAUGUCCCCAAACAUGUAUCAUCAUUCUACAAACAUUAAGUGAUUUGGAAUUUUGUUUCAUGUCAUGUAAAGGAUUCAUGUGAGAUACUUUGAGACAGCAAUUGUGAAUUAGACUUGGGCAGAUAGAUGGUACACAAAAUACAAUUUAGUAUUCUGAAUUCUGUGACAAUUUGUAAUCUUACCUUUACCCGUACUUUAGACAUAGUCAAUAACAUACUUUAGAUUUCUACUAUGUUAACACCACCCAGUGUUCUAGAGUCCAUGUGAGGUGCUUUGUUGCAUGCCAUUGAUGCCUAUAUUGUAUUUUCUUGUUCUUUUUUUUUUUUUUUUUUUUUUUUUUAUUAUUCUACCAAGUGGAGGGUAUGCCUACCUUAAACCUUCAGCAAUGCUUGUUUACACUUAGAAAACAUCUGGCCUGCCCCUCCAUUUUUAUUUUUCCAUUCAAAGUUGUGUUAUUCUCCAGCAUGCAUUACGCCUCCAUUGUACAGUAACACUGUAAAUACAAAUCCAUGUGGACAUAUGUAAAGGGGGCUUUUAAAUGUUGGGUGGGAAGAAUAUAUGUAAAUAAAUGUAAAUUAUUAUUAUAUAAUGAUUA